AAAGCGAAGGGCCGACGUAACCCCGGGAAACUUGUUGAAUGUGAAAAGAUGGCGGCGCCGGAGGCGGGGCGCUACGGUGAAUGUGGACCGCGGCCUCCUGCGAGGCUGGGCGCUCGGAUCAGCCAGGAUCCAGGGACUGUGCUUGGUGCUGUGGGCAUGAUGGAUCUGGCCUACGUCUGCGAAUGGGAGAAAUGGCCCAAGAGUACCUACUGCCCAUCUGUGCCCCUGGCCUGCGCCUGGUCCUGCCGCAACCUCAUUGCCUUCACCACAGACCUCCGCAACGAUGACCAGGACCUAGCCCGCAUGAUCCACAUCCUGGACACAGAGCACCCGUGGGACGUGCACUCCAUCAGCUCGGAGCACAGCGAGGUCAUUACCUGCCUUGAGUGGGACCAGUCAGGCUCCCGCCUCCUGUCAGCUGAUGCUGAUGGGCAGAUCAAGUGCUGGAGCAUGGCGGACCACCUGGCCAAUAGCUGGGAGAGCUCAGUAGGAAGCCUCGUGGAGGGAGACCCCAUCGUGGCCCUGUCCUGGCUGCACAAUGGUGUGAAGCUGGCCCUGCAUGUGGAAAAGUCAGGUGCCUCCAGCUUUGGGGAGAAGUUCUCCCGGGUCAAGUUCUCGCCGUCACUCACACUGUUUGGUGGCAAGCCCAUGGAGGGCUGGAUUGCGGUCACUGUCAGUGGCCUGGUCACCGUGUCCCUGCUCAAGCCCAGCGGGCAGGUACUCACGUCCACCGAGAGCCUGUGUAGGCUGCGAGGCCGCGUGGCCCUGGCCGACAUCGCCUUCACAGGUGGCGGCAACAUCGUGGUGGCCACCGCGGACGGCAGCAGCACGUCGCCCGUGCAGUUCUACAAAGUGUGCGUGAGCGUGGUGAGCGAGAAGUGCCGCAUCGACACGGAGAUCCUGCCCUCGCUCUUCAUGCGCUGCACCACCGACGUCAACCGCAAGGACAAGUUCCCUGCCAUCACCCACCUCAAGUUCCUGGCCCGUGACAUGUCGGAGCAGGUGCUCCUAUGUGCGUCCAGCCAGACAAGCAGCCUGGUAGAGUGCUGGUCCCUGCGGAAGGAGGGGCUCCCCGUGAACAACAUCUUCCAGCAGAUCUCUCCUGUGGUCGGUGACAAGCAGCCCAUGAUUCUCAAAUGGCGUAUCCUGUCAGCCACCAAUGACCUGGACCGAGUGUCAGCUGUGGCACUGCCCAAGCUGCCCAUCUCACUCACCAACACUGACCUCAAGGUGGCCAGCGACACCCAGUUCUACCCUGGCCUCGGGCUGGCGCUGGCGUUCCACGAUGGCAGUGUGCACAUCGUGCACCGGCUGUCCCUGCAGACCAUGGCCGUGUUCUACAGCUCUGCAGCCCCGCGCUCCUUGGAUGAGCCCGCCAUCAAGCGCCCGCGCACUACAGGCCCCGCUGUCCACUUCAAGGCCAUGCAGCUGUCCUGGACCUCCCUGGCCCUCGUGGGCAUCGACAACCACGGAAAGCUUAGUAUGCUGCGUAUCUCACCUUCCCUGGGCCACCCUCUGGAGGCCAAGCUGGCCCUGCAACACCUGCUCUUCCUGCUGGAGUACUGCAUGGUGACCGGCUAUGACUGGUGGGACAUCCUGCUGCACGUGCAGCCCGGCAUGGUGCAGAGCCUGGUGGAGAAGCUGCACGAGGAGUACAUGCGCCAGAAGCCCGCCCUGCAGCAGGUCCUCUCCACGCGCAUCCUGGCCAUGAAGGCCUCGCUGUGCAAGCUGUCACCGUGCACGGUGACCCGCGUGUGUGACUACCACACAAAGCUCUUCCUCAUGGCCAUCAGCUCCACACUCAAGUCCCUGCUGCGCCCCCACUUCCUCAACACGCCCGACAAGAGCCCCGGUGACCGGCUGGCCGAGAUCUGCGCCAAGAUCACCGACGUGGACAUCGACAAGGUCAUGAUUAACCUCAAGACAGAGGAGUUUGUGCUGGACAUGAACACGCUCCAGGCACUGCAGCAGCUCCUGCAGUGGGUGGGCGACUUCGUGCUCUACCUGCUGGCCAGCCUGCCCAACCAGGGCUCCCCGCUGCGACCAGGCCACAGCUUCCUGCGCGACGGCACCUCACUGGGCAUGCUGCGAGAACUGAUGGUUGUGAUCCGCAUCUGGGGCCUGCUGAAGCCCAGCUGUCUGCCCGUGUACACGGCCACCUCAGAUACCCAGGAUAGCAUGUCCCUGCUCUUCCGCCUGCUCACCAAACUGUGGAUUUGCUGCCGUGACGAGGGUCCAGCCAGUGAGCCCGACGAGGCACUGGUGGACGAAUGCUGCUUACUGCCCAGCCAGCUGCUCGUGCCCAGCUUGGACUGGCUGCCCGCCAGCGACAGCCUGGUUAGCCGCCUACAGCCCAAGCAACCUCUUCGUCUGUUCUUUGGCCGGGCACCCCCACUUCCUGGCAGUGCCACCACCCUGCAGCUCGAUGGCCUGGCCAGGGCACCUGGCCAGCCCAAGAUUGACCACCUGCGGAGGCUGCACCUGGGUGCCUACCCCACAGAGGAAUGCAAGGCCUGUACCAGGUGCGGCUGCGUCACCAUGCUCAAUUCUCCCAACGAGACGACAGCUGUGAAGCAGUGGGAGCAGCGGUGGAUAAAGAACUGCCUGUGUGGGGGACUGUGGCGGAGGGUACCCCUGAGCUACUCCUGAAACCAGAACACUGUCUGCGCUGGGAAUAGAGUUGCCAGGCCUGGGAUGCCGUCCCUCACCCCGAUGGAGGCCACACCUGGCGCCCUGCUGCUGUCCUCACGGCUAGGUGGCCUGGCGGUCACUGUCAGCGCCUCCGUCACUGGCCAAGGCCAGAGAGACUCAGUAAAGCUCUUGGCUGGGCACAGCUCAGCCCUGAAA